UUAUUGAUAACUGAGCUGUUCUCACCGUUGAUAUUCCUAGGUUUUCCUUUAGUUUCCAUCACUAGCUGCCUCGAUCGAAUAUAGCUUCCUUUUUAAUUAUUCUGCAGAAGAUUUACAAGAAACAAUGGAAUCUUGUAGCGUUCCUCCAGGGUUUAGGUUCCAUCCGACCGACGAAGAGCUUGUCGGGUACUAUCUAAGGAAGAAAGUGGCAUCACAAAAGAUCGAUCUUGAUGUCAUUAAAGACAUCGAUCUCUACAAAAUUGAACCAUGGGAUCUACAAGAGCGAUGUCGUAUCGGUUAUGAGGAACAAAAUGAAUGGUACUUUUUUAGUCACAAGGACAAGAAAUAUCCAACGGGGACAAGGACUAAUAGAGCGACCAUGGCUGGAUUUUGGAAAGCCACAGGGAGAGACAAAGCUGUUUAUGACAAGAAAAAACUGAUUGGGAUGAGGAAAACACUUGUGUUCUAUAAAGGACGUGCUCCUAAUGGCAAGAAAUCCGAUUGGAUCAUGCAUGAGUACCGGCUCGAGUCUGAUGAGAACGCACCGCCCCAGGAAGAAGGGUGGGUGGUUUGUAGAGCAUUCAAGAAAAGACCAACAGGGCAAGGCAAAAAUAUGGAAACUUGGAGCUCAAGUUACUUCUACGAUGAAGUCGUAUCAAGUGGAAUUAACUCCGUUAUAGACCCCAUUGAGUACAUAUCUAAUCAGCAACAUAACAUUUUUGGAAAAGGUUUGAUGUGUAAGCAAGAACUAGAAGGAAUGUUUGAUGGUCUAAACUAUAUGCAAUCGGACCAUCAAUUCAUUCAGCUUCCACAACUCCAAAGCCCUUCUCUCCCGCUGAUGAAAAGGCCAUCGAGCUCAAUGUCCAUAGCAUCAGUGGACAACAAUAAUAACUACAAACUCUCAUUACAAGAGGAAGAAAGCUUCGAGUCAAUAUUAAGCAAGGAGAAUAAAAGGAAGAAGAAAAACAAAAUAAUGUUGGGGGGAGAUUGGAGAGAGCUAGACAAGUUUGUUGCUUCCCAACUUAUGAGUGAAGAAGAUCAUGGAACUUCAGGUUACAUUGGUCAUCAUCAUAUCAAUCAUGAAGAUAUGGAGAUGGAUUCGUCGAUGUCGUUAAACGACAGAGAUGAAGAGAACAGGUUCAUCAGUGAGUUCUUGAGUACAAAUUUGGAUUAUGAUAUUGGAAUUUGCGUAUUUGAUAAAUGA